AUGAAUAAACCUCCUACAAACCAAGGACACGACGAGAACGCAUUUCUAUUCGAUGUGACCACAACAAAUGCGACUAAAAUUUCUCCAGAAGAUGACUCCAAAAUUAAUAUCAGUCAAGGAUACUACAACUACGAGUUCGGGAACUCCUUUAAGCUCAGAACGGAAUCUGUGUCCAAAGAGAGCUGUUUGCUUGUGUACUUCUCCUCUGAUGAAGUGUUCAACACAGGCUGGCCAGAUGAGUGCUACAAUAUCACGAAAGGGGACGCAGGUUUCAAGGAUUUGGAGCUGUUUCGUGUUACAGGCAUUGGGGAUGUAUUGCCUUCCCCUUGGAGGGAGGUGUCUUGGACCGAAAGAACCAGGGAAGACUUCAGAGAGAGCUUUGUGUCCCACAAAGUAUUUAUUGAGUCUUUGAACAGCGUAAGGGUUCUUUUGCUGGGACCAACGGGGUCGGGAAAGUCCAGCUUUGUCAACUCCGUGAGGUCUGUCAUGUUUAAACGCACGACUCACAUGCCCGCCAGCGGCGCAGGAGCACCAGGGCAUUUUAAGAAGCUGAAGUCCAGCAUCAUCCGGGCCGGACGAGGGGGCUCUCCCACAUCACUGACCCUUUGUGAGGUGAUGGCGUUAGGAGAGGGGGAGUCAGCUGGUCUGAGCGUAUCUGAUGCUUGGCCGUCGUUAAGGGACACGUGCCCUGAGGGCUACAGCGUACGGUUUAGACCCAUGCUAACUGUAGUAUCUGUAUCUGUCCCCUCUAACCAGUUCCAGUCAGACACACCUUGCAACAGCCAGACCUCUGGCUACAGGGCUGAACCAGGCAUCAAGGAUAGAAUCCACUGUGUCCUCUUUGUCCUGGACGCCCGCAAGAUCACUACUUACGAUGGUGAUCUGCAGAAGACAAUAAGGAUGCUUCAAGCCAAGAUUUCUGACCUGGAUGUUCCACAGAUAGUCCUGCUGACUCAUGUUGACCAGCUGUGCCAUGCAGAGGAUAUGAAGUAUGUCUACGCCAGCCGCGCCGUGAAGGACAAGAUGCAGAAGGCAGCAGAGUUUGUGAGCAUGCCCAUGUGUCACGUGCUCCCGGUGAAGAACUACGCUGUGGAGCUGGACACCGACUGCAACAAUGACAUCCUGUUGCUCAGCGCCGUCCACAGCGUCCUGCAGGCCAUCGAUGACACGUUGGAUGACCAGUGUGUCAGCUCUACGGUGGAGUGACCAGUGUGUCAUGAAGAAGAUGAAGAUGAUGAAGAUGUAUCUUUUCAAACCAGCUCAUAAUGAACACUUUUCUCUUCUCUUUUUUUUUAUUGUAUUCUUUUGGUUUCUAUCAAUUCAUUUUAUCUUUUAAUGCUUUACACGGAUGUGUUCUUUUCCUGAGCAUUUUAUCUUUUAAUUCUUUACACUGUUGUGUUAUUUUCCUGAGCAUUUUAUCUUUUAAUUCUUUACACUGGCGUGUUUUUUUUCCUGAGGAGAUGUGUAUUGUUUUUUUUAGCUCAUGGAU